AUGAAGUACCUAUCGCUCCCGUCGUUCGACGUGGUGACGAGCGCCCUCAACUUCGACACUCCCGACUGCCACGUCACCGGCAGCUGCGAUCUCUACACCACCAAGGCCGCCGGGUCAGACAAGAAACUAUACAAGAACAUUCAGCAAUCGCUCGAGUCACAACAUGCCGCGCUCGUCAAGUUCGGCGCUUCGCUCUCUCCCCCACAGCGCGACUCCAUGGCUGCGAGCCUCAACCUCAGCCGUUCGUCCCCCUUCGGUUCGCUCGAGGAAAUCGCAAACCGCCGUACCUAUGCCUACCUAAUCGCCACCCUCAACGCCUCCCAUCCGGACUACGACUUCUCCCACGUUCUGCGCCCAGCCGACUUCCAGCGCGAGCGCGUCCUACGCCGCGUCAUGACCCACAUCGACAGCACGCUCACAAGCAUACGGCCCAACUCGACUCUCCUCGAUGCCGCGGUGCCACACUCACACCACGGGUUCUCCCCGGCUCGACCCACCGACUUCUUCAACACGGGCAUCUCGACCGCGCCCGCUUGGGGCCCGCAGAUGUGGGCCGCUGUCGACAAGGAGAUGCACCUCAAGGACUGCACCGUCUUCUCCUAUCAACCCGCGGAUGACCCGUUCGACGAGGAAGAAGGCGCCAUCUGGGCCCUGCACUACUUUUUCUUUAACAAGGCCCUCAAGCGCGUAUGUUAUCUGUAUGUCCGUGGCGUCCCCGUCAUGAGCCACAGUCCGCGCGUAACGGCGCACACGGCUGCGGCGGCAGCCCGGCGCCGGAGAGAGCGGGGGCUGUGGGGAAGUGGAGUGGAGACAUAUCCUGGAGUGGACAACCCACAAGGUGGUGUUGAGGCUGGCGAUGCGGACGAUUAUGACGACAACAACCACGAGAUCAUAGACGACGAAGACGACGACGGUGCCACCAAGCGCGCCAGGUUCUGGCUUGGCGAUAAGUUUGCUGAGCGGGUCAUGGCCAGCGAUGACGACAUGGAUGAUGGGCUAGUGUGGAAUCGCGAUGCUGAUGGGGAUGUGAACUAUCAAUACGAUGAGGACGACGACGACGAUGACGAGAUGUUUCAGCAGGAGCUGGAGGAAGAAGAACGGUCAAGGCAACAGAGGAGGACGAGCAGUGGGACUAGCGCCGUAAGAGGUGUUAGCGAGGAUAUUGCUGCUCGGAUGGAGAUUGACGUUUGA